CAAAUCUAAACAACAUCCAAAAAAACAAAAUGAAGCCUUCAAUAACUUACCUUCCAUUUCUCCUCCUAUGCAUUACUUACUCAAACACCUUGUUGUGCUCGUCGACGGCCGCUGACCCGCUAUCGUCGCAGCCAGAGGCGGUAGUGGAUACACUCGGCCGUCCGGUCAAAUUCGGCGACUAUUUCUACUACAUUAAACCGGCCGACAAGACCGGAAAGUACCCCGGAGGAGGGCUCGGACUACGUGGCAUUCAGGGCAACAUGAGCGACUCCUCAUGCCCUCUUUGUGUUGUCCAAGAAACAAUAGAGCUCCGGGACGGUCUCGCAAUGCAGUUUUAUCCGGUCAAUAAACCGGACGACGGAAUCAUCCGGGUCGACACCGAUCUGAACAUCCAGUUCGCUUUCCCGGAUACUUGCAACCAACCCACUGUGUGGAGGCUACAGAAAACCAAAGGGAAGUGGUUUGUGAAUCUGGGUGGGGAAAUCGGGAACCCGGGACCCGAGACGGUGAGCAAUUGGUUCAAGUUCUUGAAGACCGGGAAGUCGAAAGAAGGGUACAACAAGUAUUUGAUUCUGUAUUGUCCGAUGUCGGUUUGUAGAUCUUGUAACGUUGUCUGUAAGAAUGUUGGCAUAGUUAUGCAGAACGGGAAAAGACGAUUGGGGCUGGCAAAGAAGCCUUAUGAGAUCGUAUUUGAGAGCUGAAGAUCUGCCGGAUCAAAGAAGUUGUGCCUUUUUUCUUUUCUUUUUUUAAUUCGUUAUGAAGUCUAUUUACAGUACAAUAUAAUACUGCCUCCGUCCCAAAAAAAUAGUUCACAUUGAAUUUUCAAAUUUGUACUAAACACGAUAUAAAAUUUAAAACUCAAUGUGGACUAUUUUUGUGAGACGAAAGGGAGUUAGUUUUUAGCUACGUGCUUGUCUUCAAUUUUUCAACUUGUAAUUUGUAACUCUGGCUUGCGAAUUGCUGAAUCUCGGAUCAUCGAUGUAUAAUAACUUUAUUAAUUUUCACUAGUUU